AUGUUGGAGUUGGAGGAGAACGGGAGGGCGGUCGUCCCCCCCGACAGCCCGGGAUGGGGGGUGGAGGCCGGGGGACUGGGGACCGAGGCUGGCAGCCCCCCACCCACCCCCCGCCGGCGCUUGCCCCCCACCAAGCACAAGACUCAGGGCAGCCCCACGGUGCCGCGCUCCCCCCGGGCCCUCUUCUGCCUCCGGCUCAACCACCCCCUGCGCCGGGCCGCCAUCAGCAUCGUCGAGUGGAAGCAUCUGCCCUUCGACAUCCUCAUCCUCAUGACCAUCUUCGCCAACUGCGUGGCCCUGGGGGUCUACAUCCCCUUCCCCGAGGACGACUCCAACACCGCCAACCACGACCUGGAGCAGGUGGAGUACGUCUUCCUCAUCAUCUUCACGGUGGAGACGUUCCUGAAGAUCAUCGCGUACGGGCUGGUUCUGCACCCCAGUGCCUAUAUCCGCAACGGCUGGAACCUGCUGGACUUCGUCAUCGUGGUGGUGGGGUUGUUCAGCGUGAUCUUGGAGCAAGCGUCCCACAAGCCCGGGGACGCCCACCACAUGAGCGGCAAACCGGGGGGCUUCGACGUCAAAGCCCUGAGGGCCUUCCGCGUGCUCCGCCCCCUGCGCCUCGUCUCCGGCGUCCCCAGUCUGCACAUUGUGCUCAACUCCAUCAUGAAGGCCAUGGUGCCGCUGCUGCACAUCGCGCUGCUCGUCCUCUUCGUCAUCAUCAUCUACGCCAUCAUCGGCCUGGAGCUCUUCAUCGGCCGCAUGCACAAGACCUGCUUCAUCGUCGGCUCAGACCUGGAGGCCGAGGAGGACCCCUCGCCCUGCGCCUUUUCGGGGCACGGCCGGGAGUGUCCCCUCAACAACACCGAGUGCCGGGGCCGCUGGGAGGGGCCCAACGGCGGGAUCACCAACUUCGACAACUUCUUCUUCGCCAUGCUCACCGUCUUCCAGUGCAUCACCAUGGAGGGCUGGACCGACGUGCUCUAUUGGAUGCAGGACGCUAUGGGGCACGAGCUGCCCUGGGUUUACUUUGUCAGCCUGGUCAUCUUCGGCUCCUUCUUCGUCCUCAACCUCGUGCUGGGGGUGCUGAGCGGGGAGUUCUCCAAGGAGCGGGAGAAGGCCAAAGCGCGGGGCGACUUCCAGAAGCUGCGGGAGAAGCAGCAGAUGGAGGAGGAUCUCAGGGGCUACCUGGACUGGAUCACACAGGCCGAGGACAUCGACCCCGACGACGAGGAGGGGGACCCGGAGGACAAGCACUCCCGUGAGACCCCUGCCCUACGGCGCCCCUCACUCCCGACCUGCCGCCCCCCACCGACCCGCUAG